GCAACGUAAUCGGUUGCUGCUGUAAUGAAAUCGCUUUACAUCUCACCGGCGCUAAAACUCCGGUCUCCUACAGAAAUUAAUUCACUCCAACUCCCUGCCCGCCAGGCCAGCGGCCAUGCCCCUCCCCGGCGGCAACGGCGAGCCCUCUCCCCCUCCACCGCCGUUCCCCUCACUCAUCAAACUCGGCUGCGCGGUCACCGCUCGCCACGUCGACCGCCUCCUGACAGUGCUCCUCCGCCGCCGCAGGCACCGCCUCCUCGCCGCGCUCGCCUCCCAGGCGCUUGCCAACGGCAUCGCCCCUACUCCGCGCACGCACCUCCUUGCCGCCUCCGCCCUGCUCGACUCCGCGCGGCCGCGUGACGCCGCACAGCGCCUCGCGCUUGCCUCCAGCACCUCCACUCGCCACCUCUGGGAUGCACUGCUCCGCCGGGCCUGUGCCAGAGGCGGCGACCCGCGCCACGCUCUGGAGCUACUCUCCGCUGCCAUUGAAGACCACGGCAUGGUGCUGUCGCCGUCCACGUAUUGCGGGAUGGUGGUGUUGCUGUGCGCCCACGGGGAGGUGGAUUGCGCGCUCAGGGUGUUCGACAUAAUGACCAAUAGGGGGUGUCAGGUAGACGAUCGCAUUUGCAGCUCGAUCGUUUCUGGGUUCUCCAGAACCGGAAAGGCCGGAGCAGGGCUGCAUUUCUACGACAAGGUGAAGCGUCAGUUCAGUGGAUUUGAUCCAGGCCUUGUGACAUUGACAUCAGUCGUCCAUGCUCUUGGGUUGGAGGGGAGAACUGGUGAGAUGGCAGAGCUUAUGCGGGAGAUGGAGUGUAAAGGCAUGAAUGCUGAUGCUGUGUUUUACGGCAGCAUGGUUCAUGGAUACAUGAGUCGUGGGUUCUUGAUGGAAGGUCUUCGGGAGCAUCGAUCCAUGCUAGGGAAGGGGAUCACAGCUGAUGUAAUUAACUAUACUACUGUUAUUGAUGGACUCUGCAGAGAAGGUAGUGUGGAGAAAGUAACAGGUUUCUUGGAUGAGAUGGUGCGAGUGGAUGCUAAGCCGAAUUUGAUUACUUAUACAUCACUGGUUGGUGGCUUUUGUAAGAGAGACAGGUGGGAAGAUGCUUUCUCUAUCGUGAGGAAACUGGAACAAACAGGCAUGGUGGUGGACGAGUAUGUAUAUUCGAUUUUGAUUGACAGUUUGUGCAAAAUGGACGAUUUAGACAGGGCUUUCUCUUUACUCACAGAGAUGGAGAAUAAGGGAAUAAAAGCUAGCAUCAUAACAUACAACGCGAUAAUAAACGGUUUGUGUAAAGCUGGUCACUGUGAAAAGGCUGUUGAAAUUUCUGAAGGUGUUGCUGCUGAUAAUUUCACAUAUAGCACACUGUUACAUGGUUACAUUAACAGAGGUGACAUAACUGGUGUUAUGGCAAUGAAGGAUAGGCUCGAAGGUAGUGGUAUUUCUAUGGAUGUUGUCACAUGCAAUGUUCUUAUCAAAGCAUUGUUUAUGAUUAACAAAGUGAAUGAUGCCUGGAGCUUGUUUCAUAAAAUGCCUGAGAUUGGCUUAAGGCCUAAUACUAUCACCUACCAUACAAUCAUAGACAAAUUGUGUAAAGCUGAGCAAGUUGACAAGGCACUGGAAUUGUUUGAUGAAUACAAAAAAGAUGCAGGAUUCUCCAGUGCAGUUGUUCAUGAGUGCCUGAUUAGAGCACUGUGUAAUGGAGGAAAAGUUAACAUGGCCGACCAAAUAUUUUAUGAUCUUGUUCAGAAAAAAAUAAGGCCUAAUUUCUUUAACUGCAGGAAGUUGAUUCAUGCACACUUCAAAGGACACGGUGAACAUAGUGUGCUGGAUUUCAUUUGUAAGGUUGGUGAACUAGAUAUUGACUUAUUUUCAUCUGUUUGCAAUUAUGCUUCUGCAUUCUUAAGCAAGAGAAAUUGUUGUCAAGCAGCAAUGGAUGCUUACAAGUUACUCAGAAUACAAGCCAUUGCUGUAAGUAGUAAAACAUGCUGCAAGCUGCUCAAGAGUUUACACCGAAAUGGAAAUGAAGAGGUCAUACAACCAUUGCUAUGUGAUUUCAUUAAAAUCCAUGGCCUGCUUGAUCUGACAAUGAUAAAUAUGCUGUCCUGUUAUCUCAGCGAAAAAGAUAUUAGCAAAACUAUUUGGUUUUCUAAUUACAUGGACAAAGGUAGUGUUCCUGUCAGUGUUCUGAGAGGAGCUGUCUUUGCUCUAAAGAAGCAAGGUGAAGUUCUGGACGCAUGUAACUUUUUGAAGGUAGCUGAACAAAGUGGGUUUUCAGUAGAUCUAACUAUGUAUUCCAUAGUGGUGGAUGGCCUUUGUAAGGGUGGGUAUCUUGAAAAAGCGCUAGACCUUUGUGAAGGCAUGAAAAAAGAGGGAUUUCAACCUAACAUUGUCAUUCAUAACUCAGUUCUCAGUGGUUUGUGUCAUCAAGGAUGCCUUACUGAAGCUUUCAGGCUCUUUGACUACUUAGAAAACAGCAAGAUGCUUCCAACAAUAAUCACCUAUACUAUUCUUAUAGGUGCUUUGUGUAGAGAAGGUUUAUUAGAUGAUGCAGAUCAGUUAUUCCAAAAAAUGUCCACCAAAGGUAUCAAACCCACUACCCGUGUUUACAACUUGCUGAUAAGUGGUCAUUGUAACUUUGGAUUAACUGGAAAGGCCCUUGAGCUUAUGUCUCAUAUGGAGGAACUCUUUAUACUUCCAGAUUGUUUUACACUUGGUGCAAUUAUCAAUGGACUUUGUCUGAAAGGUGAGACUGAAGCUGCAUUAAGAUUCUUUAAUGAAUACCGCCAUAGGAAUAUAGAUCCUGAUUUUGUUGGUUUCAUGAGCCUUAUCAAAGGACUCUAUGCAAAAGGAAGGAUGGAAGAAUCCAGGGGCAUCUUGAGGGAGAUGUUUCAGUGCAAAGAAGUCACGGAGUUAAUAAACAGUGUUGGAGAUAAGAUUCAGGCAGAGUCCCUUGUUGAUCUCCUAUCUUCUGCAUGUGAUCAGGGGAGGAUUGAUGAGAUUGUAACAAUCCUAAAUGAAGUGGGACUCAUGCUUUUAUCCUCUUCAAAUUCUAUCAGCUAUAAUGCGCUUGCGCAUAUAAAAAAGGUACAGAAAACUGAGGAUGCUUAUGGUUCCAUGUCAAAUUCAGGACAAGCAAGUCCAGUCGCUUAUGAUAUUUCAAGCAAUAGUCUUUGUAGGAGUUCUGAUGGAAAAGUUCAAUCCAUGAUAGAUGGAGAUGAUAGUUUAUCAAAAUCGAGUGGUGACACUGAUAUUGACUACCGAAAUUUGCUUGGGAAGUCUUUCAAUGAUGAUUUUGAGUCAUAUUAUGCUGGUAUUGCUUCACUUUGCUCGAAAGGGGAGCUUCUUAAGGCCAACAAGGCAGUUGAAGCAAUGAUUCAGAAUUGUGGUUAAAUUUGGUUACUGCUCAACUUUUUAGGGAAACCUUUCCUGCUGCAGUAUCAAGAUUGCAAACAUAUUAACUCACACCAUAUCAAAACAUAUCCCACUUUCCACAGGAGUCGAGAGAGCGUCUGCUGGUUGACCCAUGGCACUGACCCAUAUAGUUCUGAAUAUUUGAUGGUUCAAUAUGGUUUAAGGUUCUGAAAGGCCUGGAGGUUGAGGAUGCAUCUUGUUAGAUUCAACCACUUUAUAACCCUCAGCUGAUAUCCUUUGUCUUCUAGACAUCUACCAGGCCUCUGGUGUAAAUGUUGAACUGUAGGACAUGAGUAAAAGAGAGCCAAUAGACCAGCGGGUUUUGCAAGUAAAUAGCUUCUUUAACUCAUGCGUUUUCUUUAAAUACAUGAAAGCAGAAGCUGUCCUAUGAUUUCCCUCAUAUCAGUGUUCAAGAAUCUGAAACAAUACCGACAUAUAUGAGGCUGACACAACCAGUAUCAAGCUUUAUAGUUUGUCAGAGCAUGUAAUAUAAAGAACAUAACAGAGGAAGCAGAAUUGAACCUUGACAAAGCAGUCAUGGAAAUGCAGUCUGACCAAAGAUGCCGCCAUCCUGGUCUCCUUGGCCACAGCCUGUGCCACAAUGGACUGCACAAUCUCCUUCGCCUUGGGGCACGAAUGGUCAUAGAACUGUGGGAACAAGCCACCCCAUGGGUGGCCAAGGACGGCACUGGGAAGGAGAGAAGAAACAAGGCAGAGCAAGACGAGACAACCCAUGGAAGUUGCCAUGUGAGUUACCUUCGCUGUAUUAUGUUAUACGAGAAGAGUGUUGCUGGUUGAUUGUUUCUUCUCCUCUUGUGGAUGGUUUCAUAAGAUGGGCAUAUGGUGGUAUAUAUAGCUGCAGGAAGUGGGUGUAGUGCAUGUAAGGAAAGGAGAGUUGGUUUGGAGCAGGGGACGGUGGGGUCAGAUGCAGCAGUCAGCCGGGUUGUUAGGGUGAUGCGUAUAGUAUAAGGUAGCUAGCAAGAACUGUAGCAACUGCUAUAGUAAUCCCAUCAAGUUACAAUUCAGCUCUUACGUUCUUUGUAGCGGUUUGGUGCUUCAGUUUUAGCUCAAAGUGACAGAUUAAAAUUUUGGUCCUGGACAAGCGUAGGUGGAGUGAAAACAGCUCUGCCACUUAUUAAACAGCAAGCACUGCUACAUUUUUCUUCAAGGGCUGGAAUAAUGUGAAGGAGUGAAACUAAAAUGACGAACCUAUGAUUAAUUGAUGAUUAUGCUGCUCAUAUAUGCACAUGCAUUAUGCAACUUGCCUGUUGAACAAAACUGCCUAAAGAGUAGAAGAACAUCAUGCAAUUUUAUUGUGAACAAUCGCAUUAUGUAACAGCAUCAUAUCCUGGAUCUGGAGUCGUCCAGGAAUGGACUUAAACUACCAUAACAGGACAGGUGUCGCUUUACAGUAGAUGAGUCAUUGUUCUAACUUUAUCCUAGAUGUAUCAAGUUUGUGCUAGGCCCCACCCAUAACAAAGUAGUGAUAUACUGAUAUAUUUGUCGAACCAUAUUUAAACCUUACGCAGCACAUGACAAUAUAGCAUACACUGUCUGAACUCAAGUAACCAAAGUACAAAAAGGCCAGCGAAAAGUGAGAUUUUGCUUCUGAAAUAAUCCAACUACUUUUGUUAUACUUAAGUGUCGUUAUCUGCAGGGAAGGGAGGGUUGUGUCGAGCAUGGAUUCGUAUCCCUGUCUUUGGGGACAAAAGUGUAUACGAAUGAUGCUACAGCGGCACGCCUUUUUUUCGCACAAGCUUCAUAUGUAUAGGAAACCUAUAGCCGGUCCUGCAGCCAACACACACGCAUGCUUCCGAUCAGGUCAAACGCGGGGUGUGAUGUACCAACGCCCAGUACACGGCGCGUCGUGAUGAUUCGCGUUAGGUGCUUGUGUUUGCAUGGCCUACAUUCAUGUCAGCACGACCGGGUUCCUCGAAGGAGGCGUUGGUUGGAAAGCUUCCACACUGACAUGACUACUGGUACCCGUAGGAGCUGCUUACAUUUGUUCUUCUGCACACCACAUAGUGAGUGGCCGUUUCUUGAAGGAAACAUCGAUCGGCGUUGGUUGCUACUGUUAAAUAAACAUAAAGGAGGCCAUGCUGAAAAUAAGGAAGUAUUGUGAGAUUAUUUAUACGACGUCAUAUCAUAACGCAGUUAGCAGAGGAAGAAACAGCAGAGAGAAGAGCUCAUGGAGAACGUGAGCUAUAGUGGCGUACAACAGUGGUUUUCUAUCUAUGUAUAUCAUUGGCUAGACAAAUACUGUACCUCUGUAUUGCGAUGUUUGUCCAGUACUCCA